GUAAAUGUGUGUAUGUGUGCCUACCUCGACCCACAGCCCAGAGCCUGAAUAACAGUAGGAGGAAAAUGGACGGAGUGGGUUCAUUUGGCGCUGGGAGAGCCGGGGCUGCGUUCGACCCUUUUGCCUUCAUCCAACAGCCGCAGACCAUCCUCAGAAUAUUGUCAUGGAUCUUCUCAAUGGUGGUGUUUGGAUCUAUAAUAAAUGAAGGCUACGUCAACCACGGCAGUCAGAGGCUCUACUGCGUUUUCAACAAGAACAACAACGCCUGCAACUACGGCACCACCAUUGGCCUCAUAGCAUUUCUAGCCUGUAUUUUCUUCAUUAUCCUUGACAUCAAGUUCCAGCAAAUCAGCAGCAUUAAAGACCGGAAGAAGGCAGUGAUGCUGGACAUUGGAUUUUCAGGUUUCUGGGCGUUUUUGUGGUUUGUUGGUUUCUGCUUCUUGGCCAACCAGUGGCAACGCACCACCACAGACGAGCUGCCCUUAAAUCAGGGAGCGGAUGCUGCCAGAGCUGCCAUAACCUUCUCCUUCUUCUCCAUCUUCACCUGGGCUGGUUUGACUGUAAGAGCGGUGCAGAAGUACAUGCUAGGGACCGACAUGACCCUCUUCACCACUGAGCACAUUGACGGCAACCCACCCAUCCAGCCGUAUCCCACCGGCCCAGACACCAUACCCAACGACACAUACAAGAGCGCACCGUUUACCGAAAACCUGGACACCACCGCGCCAACCUACCAGGUGCCAAUCUACUGAAGCCAGAGUCCCCCGUGCGAUGCCACAGGCCCUGGUCUUCAAACUGAAGUGGUGUGACAAUGUUCAUAGGUAGUAACCGUUCUGUGAACUUCUGUACAAGAAUAUGUUGAUUGUGAUUUCACUUUCGUUUGGAAUAUUAUGUGUUAAUUUAUCAGCCGGAAUGAAACCGAUGAUGGGAGGGGGUUAGCAGUGUUGUUUCAAAGCGAGAAAGGGUUGCAUGUGUUGUAUUUAGAGAGCUUAUGAAGUGCCAUGCAUCACAAUCUAUAACUUAUAUAUUCAGUUUCCAUGUUCCGCUGUUGGGUACUGUAUAUAAAGUGCAAUAUCUGAAACAUGGAGUCACCAAACAUUUAUUGAAAUAUUCGCCAGUUAAACACUUGCGAGAGGUGGUCUUCCUAAAAGAGAACAGAGUUCGCUGUAGAUAAGGGUGUCUUAUGUAAUAAAAGUGUGUAUAAGAAGAGGUUGAUUCAGUGAAGCCACUAAACGUGUUCAGACAUGAAGCGGGAUUUUAUUUUUAAUGGAUUGUUUUGUUUUGUUUCUUACAAUGUCUGAAAUAUUAAUAUUAUAAUAUUAAAAUAUUAAGAUUAAAUUAAGUUUAUCGCACUUAAAAGAUGACACUUUACAAUUGAUCAGUUACAAAUAUGAUUAUCACAACCUUGGACAAUGACACAUCUUUCAAAUUUGAAUGAACUGUUGUUCGAACGUUUGUGGUCAGUACUGUAUAUAAAACAUAUUCAGCGUAGAUGUAUUAAAAGUAUUGUUCAAUCAAAAUCUGAAGAAAACGAAAUGCUGUUAAUUUAAUUCAGACCAUACAAUAUGCGAGUUUGUUUCUGUUUGUUUGUUUCAUUCCAACACAAAUGAUGAUUUUUAGAUUAAUCUGUGUUCCUUUCAGAGUCAAAAAACAAACAGGCAAAUUUAAUAACUAUAGCUUCUGGCCACACUCAGUUCAGUCUUACUGUAAGAUAGGAUUUGGGGUACAAUGGAGUUGAGGUUCCAAAUGGACUUUAUUGAUAGCUUAGUCAGACAGACAAUGAUCAAACAGGAACAAACAGUAGCAUAAUCUAAAAGUGUAAUCAGCGAAGCAGUGAAUGGUCGGGAUAGGUGGCAAAACAACAUAAAACAAUAAGCAAAGCAAAGAUCAAAAACCACGGAAGGACAAGGCAAGGAAACCGUAGAAAUGUUACAGGGGAAAAAGACAUAGCAAUGUGUCUUCUUGUUUACGACGGAUUGCAGACUAAGGGGCUGAUCACAACAAACAUGCUUUUACGUUACAAAAACACAAGGCGCACUGCAAUGCCUUUUUGUUGACAAAAUAAAUAAGUGAGGUGUGCUUUUUAUGUCGUUAGGCAACAACUGAAUCAGCUGCAUAUUGUGCGCAAGUGUUGCUGUCGAUGGUUUUUCAAUUUAAAAAUGUAUUAAUAUUGUUAUGUUCAAGAUUAGUGAAGUCAUUCAGCACUGAAUAACUCAAAAUAGUAACCACUAGUCUCUCCUCUGUCUUCAAAAGUCUCCGUAGUUGUCUCGACAACACAAACACUGCACUUUUCUGUUCAGAGUUUACUUUUUUUAACUGCGAGCGCACAGCGUGCAAUGGCGAAAAUGAGGGGCGCAGCAGGCGGUUAAAACUCAAGGCGCGCAGAGCGCAUAAGCAGCACGCAAAACAAUUGCUGCUGUCAGUAAUUCAUUUAAAAAAGGUGCUCUCAAGGCAAAAAAGCGUUCGAUGUGAUCGGCCCCUAAUACGUACAUUACCUCUUAUCUCUCAAGCGGACAAUUGACACUAUACACACUAAAUUCCUGAUUGACCUACAUACAGUACCUGUUACCUGUUCAGAAACUUCAUUAAGUUUCAUUCGGCACUGUGUUCAGCUCCUCCGUCCACCCUCAGUACUCUCAGUCGGGAGAAAAGAAAGGGGGUCUAUGAUGAACUUCCAUCUGUGUGUGUGCAAUCAGGAAGAGAACUAAAACUGGUGUGUGUGUGAGGUGCAUGUUGGUAUUUGUAGUUCUCCAGGGAUCUUUAACUGCUAGAUCGCUGCUGAUAGUGAUACAUACAAAUCAAAAAAAAAAAAAAAAA